AUGUUCUAUGAUUUAAGUAUCCAAAAGUUUUCCUUUUGCGAUAUCAGCAAUGACAUAUCUGGGGUGUAUCUGGGAUGUCUCCCCAAGAUUUUGAGGGAUUGGGAUGGAAAUGCUCCCAAAAUUAAAGAUAUCCCAGCAUGGAUGAAAGUUCCCAAAGAUCUUCAAGAUCCACAGUUGUUCCCCAUCCAGAUGCACUUGCUGGAAGGUGUCUGUGGUCUCCAGGGAUCUCAGACCUCUCACAGCGAACAAGUGAGCAAACUCCAGCUAAAGGCUCUGAAAUCUUCCAACUUCACCAAGGUCAUAGUUUAUGACUCUAAAUUAUAUAAGGAUCAGACCAAGUGGAUGUUGCAGUCCAUGAUUGAUAGACAACGCCUGCAGAAGGAUCGAGGAAUUCAAACUUGA